GCAGGUGCCAGAGAUCCGUCCGUGACCUGUCGCCCCGGUCGCGGCCUAGCGUCGGCGGCCAGCAUGCUGCAGCGCUGUCUGACGCCGCACGGCCUGCGGGUGACCUGGUGCCGGCUGCGCAGCGUCCGCCCGCGGCCGGCCGGCCGCCGCCUGCACGCGACGGCCGGUCUGCGGCGCGACCAGCCGGCGAGCUCGCAGCUGGUGCCGCGCACCAUCUUCGCUGAUGCUAAGGAGAAGAACAAGGAGACCUAUCUGGCGGCCAUGGACAUGUUCCACGAGAUGACGGUACACAAGAGGGGGCACGUUGAGUUCAUCUACGCCGCGCUCAAGGAGAUGGAGAACUUCGGUGUCCACAAGGACCUAGAAGCCUAUAAGAAGGUGCUGGGCGUGUUCCCGACCGCCCAGCUGGUCUCCACCAAUGUGUUUCAGGUGGAGUUCAUGCACUACCCGCGCCAGCAGAACUGCGCCAUCGACGUCCUCCAGCAGAUCGAGGACAAUGGCGUGAUGCCCGACUUGGAGCUGCGCGACCAGCUGAUCAACAUCUUCGGCAAGUUCUCGUUCCCGGUGCGCAAGCUGGCGCGCAUGCUGUACUGGAUGCCGAAAUUCCGCAACCAGUCGCCGUGGCUGCUGCCGCGCCCGCUGCCGAGCGAGGUGCUGGCGCUGGCGCAGCUGGCGGUGGCGCAGAUCUGCUCGGUGGACGCCCGCUCCGAGGUCACGACCUUCGCGGAGGACGAACUGCCAGAGGACGCCGUGGACCGCACCUGGGUGGUGUCCGGACAGAGCCAGCAGCAGCGCGCGCUGCUGGAGGAGCAUCCGACCGACCAGCCGCUCUACGUGGAGGGCGGGUUCCGUGUGUGGCUGCAGGACCAGUCCAUCAGCUACUUCGUGCUGCGCGCCGAGCCCCAGGAGCAGCAGAAACACGAGGGGCUCGACUCAGACGACAUCACCUACCUGGAGAACUGGACGUGGCGGCGCAGCAGCCGGACCGACCGGGAGUCGGCCUGGGACGAGAGGCCGCCCAGCGUGCACAAGCAGGAGGACGGCACCAUCAUGGCCGUCUGCGUCACGGGCACCUCGAGCCGCGACUCGCUUCUCUCGUGGAUUCGGCUGCUGCAGCGGCGCUCCCCGCGGCUCGCCGAGCUGCCCGUCCUCUUCACGCUGCGCUCGCCG